GAGCCUUCACUUCAUAGGUGAUUAAGACUUCCUGCAAAUCUGCAAUUUUUCCUUACUUCAUCUCUUUGAGUGUAAUAAGAAUAAAAAGGACCGUCUCAAUUUUGACACAUUUAACAGUGUAACUACCGUGUUCCAUCAUUAGCCUACAGCUAUAAACAUUUAAUGGAACAAUACCGUGAUGUCGCCUACUUAGAAAAAGAUUUCCAGCCAUUGAAGUAAAGUAUUUUCAAGAAUGCACGAGCUAUUCACCCAAGUUUUGACGAAAAAAGAUUUAUCUAAGGCAGGAGACCUAUUCUCUGUAGAUGAUAAAUCCAUCAUUCAAGAUCUUUCAGAUGUUAUUCAUAAAAUUAGAGAGAUCAUUCAUCUCUCUGAAUACAAAAGAAAUGCAAAUGAUCAAAGUGUUGUUGAAAUUUGCAUCACAAGGGUGACUUCUGCAAUAAGAGAAACUGGUUCCAUUGAGAAACAUGCAGAUGCUUUAGUUGCUCUGCUGGAAUCUUGUCUUUGCCAUAGUCUUGCACCAUCCAGCAAAGGUGAAGAUCCACCCCACACAAAAAUUGCAUCUGAUGUUUUGUCUUGCAUAUUUUUGAAUUAUAGCAAGCGAGGAGUGAUGGAAUUAGCACUGCCAGUAGCUGUAAAGUUUCUUCAUAAAGGAAAUCGAGACCUAUCAAGAAAUCUUUCUUCCUACCUUUCCCUUGCAGCUAUCAACAAUUCAGAUUUGCUAGCACAACAUAUACAGCCAAUCAUUGAUUCUUUUAUAUCAGGAAAUUAUGCGUUAGCUAGAGUUCUUCCGCAGGUAUACGCUGUUAAUCGAGAAGCAAUCCACGGACAUGUGAUGGCCCUAGCAUCGCUGCUACCCCUCUGUGAUACUCCGGAAAAAAUAUCGUUGUUAAGUCUGCUUGGUCCCAUUGCCCGUAAUCAGCCGGCUUUACUUGAGGCAAGUCUACCACAACUAUGUGAUUGCCUAUCUGUGCCUUCUGCCAUUCCAGCCACGUUGCAGCUUCUAACUGAAAUGGCAGCGUACAAAGCCUCCUUGUUGCUAGAUUACACUUCGAGGAUCAAAGAGGCUACCGAAACCGCACCUUCGGUUGUUUGCUUAGCCGCUCAAGUGAUAGCCCGUUUAGGGCAUGUGAAUGAAGAUCGUGGCCAGGAGGCUUUGGAUUUUAUCGUCCAACACAUAAUCCAAGCAGAGAACCAUAACAUCCCCUCGCUGUUACGAGAAGUAGCUAGUCUCUGUGCCACACAUCCAACAUUGCUUACCGAAAGAUUGGUUAACAAAUUGGAAAGCUACGUAGAAGGAGCACCCAGUGUAGCUAAGAACAUCUAUCAGCAGAUGAAAUCAAACUUAGCUGCGCAGCGUAAUGGACAAGGAAUACCCAAAAACACCGCUAACGUCACUGUCCUCAAACUGAACGGGGAAAAUCAGCAUGCGACCGUUACAAACCAUCAUCGACUCUCGCUGCCGCUCCAAGGUUUUACCGGUAGCUUAUCCAGUGCAGCAAACGCAACGUCAAACAACAAUCGCGCAUCACUUGGAGGAUUUGUCAAUGUGGGGAACAUGAGCGUACCGAUAUCAGUGGCUAGUGCAGUCUUUAGUGGUACGCCUGUUUACAACUCACAAGGAAUUCCUGUUUUGCUGACGUUUGGUCCGGGUGGAUUAAAUAUAACCAAUCCCAUUACAACUACAACGGCCAGCAAUAGCAAUAACGCCUCGACUUCUGGAAACAGGGUCGUUGGUAGCAGAACAAAACAAGCCGAUGCCAGUCGUUCUACCCCGCGACUUACACCAUCUACCGUGCCAGGUAGCAGUGCUGUUCCAGCUGCUGUGAUGAACCGUUCGAUGAGCUGGAUAAAUGCGGUUCACAUGAGUACCAAUCGGCUUAGUCCUAGCCCAGCUGGACCAGUUUUACACAAGGGGAACAUAGCGCGAUUUGGUUCCUCCCAUCAAAUGGCUCUUGGUGCGACCCCUUAUGGUCCGAGUCGAGAGGCCCAUGGACCAGGAAUCCACAAUCCUAAUCAAGGCGGACGUGGUGCCGUCUUCGCUAGUCGGGGUUCCCGUGGAAGUCUGUCUACCAACAGAGUACAGGUUUCAUCUGGAAAUUCGCCCGCGGUGACUAGCAACAUAUCCGCACCUUCAGCCAGCAACCCUAUGCGUAGCGUUAGUGGAAGUUUAACUACAAUGAAAGAAGAUCCUGAAGCUGAUCUUCGCAUGAACAGCCUGGUUUUUGGCCACAACACUCCUAGCGUCGGGUUAGGUGUUCGCGAUAUAGGUGUUAUAGCUGGCUUGGGUGGAGGAAAUCACAUGACACCCUCACCUACCAUUGCUCUUUCACCUAUACAUCGCAUCCAAAACCAAACUCCUUUUUCAUUGAUUCCAUCGAGUCUGUCCUCAUUAGCUCCAUCGCCACCUCCUAUUGGCCAGAAUGGCAGUGGUGUCAAAAUGCACGAAGAUAUAAUCCAAUCGUCUGUCGAUAACCAGCACCAUAAGGCGUCCACGAACACUCUGGCUUCCCAGAGUACUCUAUCUUUCCACAAUUCCAGUGUCACCAUAAGCAAUCCAUCUGGUCAGCAUCAGCCUCAGACACAAGUGGUAGUGAGGCGCAAUCAUGCUCAGUCUGGAAAUUUUUCUGGCAACCCAAACGGAGAUAGGGCGAGACAUGAUGAUGCUGUGGGUAUGGCAGCAUCUCAGCGUAUCAGUGUCUUCGAGCCCUACCCUAUGCAAGACGCUGUUAAGCAUUUUUGUGACAAGCAUCUUGAUAAGAUUAAGGCGUACAUGGAGAGACUUAUGGCCCGGCUCCCUUUACCCGUGAAGUGCACAAUUGAAGAGCGUCGAUCAAAGAAGCAUGCCAAAGUUCACUUUACGUGCCAAGGAAAAAGCGAAUAUUGUCUUUAUGGAAAAUCUUUAUUUGCUCUGAAAACGAAACAUCCCAGACUUUGGAUCCACCUGAUGUUUCUCGCAUUACAGUCAAGAUCCUCUUCGGCCUUGAGUACUCGAGAUGCCUCAGUUAGCAGUUUAAAAAAUUGUUGGGAUAUCCUAAAGUGUGACAACCGCUCAUUUCUGAAUCUGGUUAUGUCAGCAUUCCCGUCGACCAAAGAUCAAGACAGUCUUAUGCACGAGCUGCAGCAAGAUCGCUUCUUUGAUGUUUUCGAAUUUAAUGCACCUGCGGGUACGUGGAAUUGUUUCCUUUGCAAUCAUCCCGAACGGGCGCCUGGCUUUAUGCAAGAAAACCAUCCGUUGAUGGAGGGCCAGCUCAAAGAAAAAAGGAACAAGUGGCUCAUUUUCAGACGCUGGAGAACACGCUAUUUCACGCUGUCUGGUGCACAUCUGACCUACAAGGAAUCGUUGGACCAAGAUGCGACACCGAUCGAAAUUAACCAGAUACGGAGUGUCAAGGUAGGACGCCAAGGCAGAAGUAUUCCUAAAGCUUUUGAAAUUUUCACCAGCGACAAAACGUACGUUCUUAAGGCUAAAGAUGGUAAAAAUGCAGAAGAAUGGGUUCAAUGUCUUUCGAUUGCCGUGGCUUCAUCGCAUGCUCGUGAUACUCCUUCUAGACCAUCUUCCCAACACUUUUCUUUAGCGCAAUCGCAAUUUGGUUUGCGGACUGCUGUUUGAAAGCAAAAACGAUUGAAUGUGGCUUUCCGAACGUACCGUUAAACCUUGUUGCUAUGCUGAAAUUGGCAAUUAAUGUUGUUUCUUUGUUUUUCAUCUUGGCGACCUUUGCUUCCCCAAGUUUUAACAAUCACUAACGACUAUCUUCUCCGAUUGCCGCAACUGCGUGUAGGAUUCUUUUUCCUCUGAUUCGAAAAGUCAUUGCUACACAUCCAUUCCUGUGCUUUAAAAUUAGAGUUCUCGUGAUAAGAAUGUAGAAACUGGAUGAAGAUGUUUCUGUAGGAUUUUUCAAACAAAGAAUCCAUCAGUUUAUUUUCACGAUCGUGCUUCCCACCAAUGCCUCAUUGUUAGUGUGUUUUACCGUGGUUAUAUUACCGUUUACUGGAAACAGUGGCCUUGUUAUAUAUUUAGACUUAUACUCUCUCGGAUGUAAUUUCUAGUUUAUUAAGACAGUAAAGCCUAAAGAUGAAAAAGUCGGACAAUACAUGUCAAGGUCCAUACCAA